AUGGCUGCAGCGCGGCGCGCCGUGGCCUGGCGGCGUGCGGCAGCAGUGGUAGCCUCCGGCUGGAGCGGCGGCGCGUCGGGCGGCAGCGAGCGGCAGCGCGCCCUGCUCAAGUUUGUGCAGGAGGCCGACCCCUCGCUCAUGCACUUUUUCGAGGAGGCCGCGCACCCCGAGGUGAUCAUCGCCAUGCGGCAGACCAUCACAUCCAUGCUGGGCACGCUGCCCCCUCAGUUCUUCCGCGUCGUCAUCUCCACAGAGGCAGAGAACCUGGCGCAGCUCAUGUAUUCCGUGCUCAUGAGCGGCUACAUGUUUGCCAACGCCUGGACCCGCCUCAGCCUGACACGCAGCAUGGCGGAGCAGCCCGCGGGCCUGCUGGAGCCGGAGCUGGCGGUCAGCGGCGGCGGCACCAGCCUGGCGGGCGCCGUCGCCGCUGCCGGCGGCAGCCUGGAUGGGCUGGAGGAGGCGGCGGGGCCUGCGUACGCUCCCGGCUCACAGAAGGUGCGGGUGGAGGGGGAGGUGCUGCGGUGGCACCACGAGAACGGCAAGGAGGUGGUACCGGCGCUGCAGUACAUCGAGCAGCUGGAGGCGGAGCUGGCGGAGCUGCGGCAGCAGAUGGCAGCGCAGGCGGCGGCGUUUGAGCGGGCCGCCGCCACCGACGCCAAGUUCCAGCCGCUGCCGGGCAACGAGCUGCUGGAUUACCUCAAGUGCCUGAGCCCCGAGGAGCUGGUGGCCCUGACCGACUGUGCCAGCGAGGAUGUGGUGGAGGCGAUGAACCUGUUUGUGCAGCGGCUCAUGGGCAUGGAGGAGGAGACGUGGCAGGGCGGCAGCAGCGACUGCACCGCCGGGGAGCUGGCGCAGCUCAUGUACUGGCUGAUGAUCACCGGCUACGAGCUGCGCGGCCUGGAGCAGCGCCUCAACCUGACCCGCACGCUCGACCUGCCGCCGCCGCCUGGCCCCGAGCCGCCCAGCCUGCCGCCGGGGCGGCGGCUGUAG